UGCCCAACUCUAGUUGAUAUAUUUUCUCACUCCAAAACCCCAAAACCCUCGAAAUAUUUCCGAGCAGUUAAAGAAACACUCUUCCAAAUCUAGUAUUUUCUCCAACAUUUUCUCACUCCAAAACCCUCAAAAUGCUUCUCCACCGUUCUCUCCGUCACCAUCUCCGGCACUUCAGCCAAUCUUCCGCCGCAUUAAUCCUCCCAUGCGACCCAGAAAUCUCACUCAGUUAUCUUCCUGGAUUCCCUAAACCCGACCCAUCCGAGAUCAUAUCCGCCAUUCCUCGCUCUGAUUCAGGCAAAAAAAUAUGCGCAACAGAAAGAAAAGUUGGGAGAGUUCCUAGCAUUGUUUUUGAGCAAAAAGAUGGACAACAUGGUGGUAACAAGAGAUUAAUCUCUGUUCAAACUAAACAGAUCAAGAAACUUGUUGCUCAAAUGGGUCCCUCUUUUUUUUUGUCUAGACUUUUUGAAUUGCAAGUUAAACCUUCUUUUGAUUCUGAUGACAUUCUUGAGAAUGUUCGUGUUCUUCCCAGAAAGCUCCACAUGCAUGCAGCUUCUGAAGCUAUACUUAAUGUUACUUUUAUUAGAGCUCCUUCUGAUGCCUUAUUGAAGAUUGAAGUUCCUCUUGUGUUUAGAGGAGAAGAUGUGUCACCUGGAUUAAGAAAAGGUUCAUAUCUGAAUAUCAUCAAAAGGAGUGUUAGAUACCUUUGCCCAGCCGACAUAAUCCCACCAUAUAUCGAUGUGGAUUUAAGUGAGCUGGAUGUAGGUGAAAAGCUGGUAAUGGGUGAUCUCAAGGUUCACCCAGCAUUGAAGCUGAUACAGUCGAAAGAUGAGCCAGUGCUUAAGAUCAUGGGUGCUAGAGUUUCCGAGCAAAAGAAAUCCAAAUAGGUAGCCCUUAUUUCGACUUUAUAAAGAAUCCAAGAAACAUGAAGCCUCAAGAUGUGUGUGAUAAUGGUUUAUAUGGUGGAACCAUAAGCUAUGAUAUUGGCAAGGAAAUUUUUUGUCCUACAUCAUGCCUGUAUGACCCUUGUUUAUGGCACAUGAUGGUUUUUACUUCAUUGAAUUGGGGCAUAUGGGAUGAUAGAAGUCUCUGAGUUGUAAUAGAUGUUUUUUUUAUCACUUUGGUCAGGUUUUAGGCUGCAAAUUAUGCCUCAGAUUUUGGUGCUAAUUAAGAUUUCUACUUGAAGAAUUUCUUCAAAUGUACAAUUAACGGGACAGCUUAAGGUCCAGCGAAAUAAUAUUAAACAUGGUUUCUGUGAGAA